AAGGGCAUAGGAUUACCCACUCGACGUAAAAACGGAAAGAAACAAACUGUUCUGGCAGAAGUGGAGCUGUCUGUCCCCGUACACGUGUUUCUACUGCAGCUGGAACGUAGAGACUGACGCUUCUUAAACAGAAGUAGAGUCAGUCUACAUGCCAAUAUGAAGUACAUCCUGGUUACCGGUGGUGUUAUAUCUGGUAUUGGAAAGGGCAUCAUUGCCAGCAGCGUGGGGACAAUCCUCAAGUCCUGCGGCCUUCAUGUCACAGCCAUCAAAAUAGACCCAUAUAUCAAUAUUGAUGCUGGCACCUUUUCGCCAUACGAACACGGGGAAGUUUUUGUUCUUGAUGAUGGCGGGGAGGUGGAUCUGGACUUGGGGAACUAUGAGCGUUUCCUAGACAUCCGUCUUACCAAAGACAACAACCUCACCACUGGAAAGAUCUAUCAGUCGGUCAUCAACAAGGAGAGGAGGGGAGAUUACCUGGGCAAGACCGUACAAGUGGUACCCCACAUCACAGAUGCCAUCCAGGAGUGGGUGAUGAAGCAGGCCAGGAUCUCGGUAGAUGAUGAUGGUGUGGAGCCUCAAGUGUGUGUCAUUGAGCUGGGAGGCACAGUGGGGGACAUUGAGAGCAUGCCCUUCAUCGAGGCCUUCAGACAGUUCCAGUUCAAGGUGAAGAAGGAGAACUUCUGCAACAUCCAUGUCAGCCUGGUACCACAGCCCAAUACCACAGGAGAGCAGAAAACCAAACCAACCCAGAACAGUGUUCGAGAACUCAGAGGGCUGGGCUUGUCUCCAGAUUUGAUUAUGUGCCGCUGUUCAUCGCCCCUAGAAACAUCUGUCAAGGAGAAGAUCUCCAUGUUUUGUCAUGUAGAGCCCACACAGGUGAUCUGUGUCCGGGACGUCUCCUCCGUCUACAGGGUGCCCCUGCUGCUGGAGGACCAGGGUGUUGUGAGCUACUUCUGUCAGCGGCUGAGCCUGCCCAUCGAGGUGAGGCCCAGAAAGAUGCUCACAAAGUGGAAGGAGAUGGCUGACAGAUCUGCCCGUCUCUUGGAGCACGUCUCUAUCGCCCUGGUGGGGAAAUACACCAAGUUAUCCGACUCCUACACCUCCGUUAUCAAGGCCCUAGAGCACUCGGCCCUCGCAGUUAAUCACAAACUAGAGGUCAAGUACAUUGACUCUGCAGACCUAGAGGCUACCACUCUGCAAGAUGAACCCGUGAAAUACCAUGAGGCCUGGCAAAGACUCUGCAGUUCUCAUGGUGUGUUGGUACCAGGAGGUUUUGGUGUGAGAGGGACAGAAGGCAAGAUUCUUGCUAUUAACUGGGCGAGGAAACAGAAUAAGCCUUUCCUUGGAGUAUGUUUGGGCAUGCAGCUGGCAGUGUGUGAGUUUGCUCGCAAUGUUCUCGGAUGGGAAGAUGCCAACUCCACAGAAUUCAAUCCAGAAUCCACUCACCCUGUCGUGAUUGACAUGCCAGAGCACAACCCAGGGCAGAUGGGUGGGACUAUGAGGUUGGGGAAGAGGCGGACUAUUUUCAAAUCCAGCACAAGUGUACUGAAAAAAUUGUACGGAGGCGUGGAAUAUGUUGAUGAGAGGCACAGGCACAGAUUUGAGGUGAACCCUGAGCUGACGCACCACUUUGAAGAAAAGGGUUUUCAGUUUGUCGGCCAGGAUGUGGAAGGAGAGAGAAUGGAGGUCAUUGAAUUGGAGGAUCAUUGUUACUUUGUUGGAGUGCAGUACCACCCAGAGUUCACCUCCAGACCCAUCAAACCUUCUCCUCCAUACUUUGGUCUCCUGCUGGCUGCUGCAGGAAAACUCCAGAGUUACCUGGCUAAAGGCUGUCGCCUCUCUCCACGGGACACUUACAGCGAUCGCAGUGGCAGCAGUUCUCCUGAAGCGGACAUGUCUGAGCUGAGGUUCCCCUCUUUGUCCCUAGAUUAAAGCCAUGUGGUUGUUGUGUCUGUGUGUUACUAAUUCAGAUGAAUGCAAGGCCCAGAAUAAAAGGCAGGUUUGGUCUUAAAUGAUGCAACAAACUGCUUUUACAUUCUUAUGGUUGCAAUAAAUUGUUACGAUAACAAUUUCAACACUGAGUAUAUUAAGUCUUCACUGAGUGCAUAAAAGUGAAGGGAUGUCUUGCCGUGAUCUUUGUAGGGCUUUAUGAUGCUGCUUUGAGGACAAUUGUCAUAAUAGACAUGUUGAAAUGCCUUUACAGAACACAUCUGUAGAAAUAAUGAAACAAAACCAAACUUGACUGGUAAAUCAUCAGCUCAGAGGUUUUAAGAUCGUCAUGCUUGGGCGAGCGUUUGAGGAGAUUGAUGGUGUAUUUUGCAGUGAAGUAUAGAAAAAUGGGGACACGCUCGGAAUAAGCAGAUUAGUUAUCAGCCGCGUCAGGGUUUUCAUAUCGGGUUUGUUUUUGGGACAAUUGUGCAAAUAAUCCAAUGUAAUAAAACUUUAAGUGACACUUCAGAUAACCGUAUGAACUGAAAAAUAAAGCUUGGUAUAUGAGAACUGAAUUUGAUCUCUAAACCGGAGCAGCUGACUGUAAAUGCUGAGUGUCAAGCUUUCGUAUUACAUUUUUGCUUAGAGAGUUACAUUUAAUGCAUAGUUAUGCCCUUUUAUCUGUUGGUGACCCAAAUAUAUGAGAAACAAGCAGUAUUUUUAUAUGUAUGAAGUUCUGAUGUGUGAUGUGUGUACACUCUGAAUAAAUAUGGUUUUAUUCCUCUUGACAA